CGUUGACACCGGAUGUUUGGUCGGGGGGAGCUCCCGGCUACCAGCGGGGCCUGCUGUACGCCACCGAGUCUUCAAGGCUCGCGGUUCGUAAUCCUCGUCCCGGAGGCACGAUUCCAAGAAGUCUCCAUUUGGACUAAAGAAUGCCAAGUGUAGUUAGCAUGCGUGUAGACCCUGCUGUACCCUCUUCUGAAGUCACAGACUUCAGGCUGCUCCCUGCAUCUUCCAGGUUAAACCAGUUCCUCUGCUGCUCACCUGUGGCUGCAAGCCCCGAUGGCCAGACCAAGCGCAAGAAGAUACCAAGCCGGAGGCAUGUGCGUUUCCUGGAGAGGAAGGCUUUCCUGGAGAAGGAAGGGAUUCUCAAGCAGGGUCACAUGAAAAGGAAGCAGCGACCUUUGAACCAAACAAGCUGUCCGAGCAUCAGUAACCCAAACUAUACACUACAGUCUGGAGAUGCCACGCGAUCAGGUGGUUCUGAUGUGAAUGGAGAUCAGUCCCAUCUGAUUGGUGCUUCCAGUCCAUGGCCUGAAGCUGAAUGGAGAGAUGUUCACUCUACUUGCUCUUCGAAGUUCAUGGACCAGAGUGAUAAAACUUGUCCUUUAGAAAGGAGAAAUCUGCUGAAUCCUGAGGACCUUUAUGGGCUGCCACAAGCUGCACUCCUGUGCCAGACAAGUCUGUCACCCAUCUGCUGUAAUCCUGCCAAGUAUGUGGCAAUUGACUGUGAGAUGGUUGGAACAGGCCCCUGUGGGCGUGUUAAUGAAAUGGCCAGGUGUAGCAUCGUGAACUAUCAGGGCCUAGUCAUCUAUGACAAGUAUGUGAAGCCUAAACAACCCAUCACGGAUUAUCGGACCCGCUGGAGUGGCAUUCGAAAAUGGCAUAUGGUGAACGCAAUUGAGUUCAAUGUUGCUCGGAGGGAGAUUUUGAAGAUACUGAAGGGUAAAAUUGUUGUGGGCCACGCAUUGCACAAUGACUUUAAAGCACUGAAGUAUUUUCAUCCGACAUCUCUGGUAAGGGACACGAGUAAGAUCCCAUUGUUGAAGCGGAAGGCUGGCUUUCCUGAAAGAGAAUCCGUAUCCCUGAAGAAUCUGGCGAAGCAACUUUUGGGUAAAAGCAUCCAGAUUGGUAGAGAUGGGCACUGUUCUGUUGAGGAUGCCUGCACCUCGAUGGAGUUGUAUCAACGAGUGGAGAGCCAGUGGGAACAAAAACUGUGCGAUCAGUUGUCGAUGGCAAAUGAAGAAGUGGCUUCUGAAACAAACUCUGAAAUCAGUCGAUAUAUGGAUGACCAAUACUGGCCCACUGAUCUUCAGAAGGACAGUAAAUGA